UUAUUAGUUAAUUCAGAAAAAUUAAAUAACAAAUAAAGCGAUUAGUGAAUUAUUGACAUUCAAACGGAAAGCAUUCGGAUUUUCGAAGUACUGCUUCAGAUGAGUUUCAUUUUAUUGACGAUUUGUCUAAAGUCGGAAAUCAAUAUAUCGUAACCGAUUUUUUGUGCAGUUCAAAAAUCUAGAUAACUAAUCGGUUAAAGGUAUAACGGAAUUGCCGUAAAAUUACUUUAAAUACAAUAAAUAAAUAAAUAAGUUUGUGCCUCAAUUAGUUCAUAUAAUUUUGACCAAAAUAAUAGAGGAAACAAAAUUGAACUGAUACGAACAGUUAAAAAAAAAAUUUUAUCAAAACCCCUAUUAUAAAACUAUGCAUAUACAAGAUAACGCCAAAUAUCGAAUCGUGUUCUGCGGAAUUUGUACAACUGGAUAAAACGCCAUUUUAUAUCACCAUUUUAGAUUAAUUAAAUUAUAAUAAAAUUACUUAUGUACACCAAACUGAAUAUAUAUACUUUAACAGAAACUAUAUCCAAAUUUAAAAACAACAUAUAAAAGAAAUACACUACAGACCCAGAAACAGGUGUCGUAACAAAAAAAGUUGACUUUUGGUCCGCAAGAAUGUUAAUAGACUUCAUAGCCGGAUGUGUUGGAGGUUGUGCUGGUGUAUUAGUGGGUCAUCCACUUGAUACAAUUAAAGUCCAUUUACAAACACAAGAUCCAAGAAAUCCAAAAUACCGGGGCACAUUACACUGUCUCACUUCAAUAUUUGGUCAAGAGGGAUUGAGAGGACUAUAUCGUGGAAUGACAAGUCCUAUGGCAGGCAUUGGAGCUGUCAAUGCAAUUGUUUUUGGAGUGUAUGGCAAUAUCCAACGCUUCAGUGAUCACCCCGAGUCAUUGCAAUCUCAUUUUAUGGCCGGCAGUAUUGCUGGAGUAUUUCAAAGUAUUGUUUGUUCUCCUAUGGAACUUGCAAAGACUCGUGUUCAACUACAGCAUGAUGCACCGAAUGCAAUACAAUUUAAAAGUCCCUGGGACUGCUUCAAGCAUAUUGUACGAACAGAAGGUAUAAGAGGUACUUUUAAAGGACUUCCCGUAACAACUUUAAGAGAUGUACCAGGAUUCGCUGGAUAUUUUGUCUCAUAUGAAUACCUCAUGGGCUUACCAAGCUCUCCAAAUGCUUUUCAUUGCUUAUUAGCUGGUGGUUUUGCUGGUAUGUUUUCGUGGUUAGUUUGCUAUCCUAUCGACGUAGUUAAGACAUGCAUUCAAGCAGACGGAGGCGGUGGAAAACGCAAAUAUGAUGGCUAUAUUGAUUGCAUGCGCAAGAAUUACGCAACCGAUGGUUUCCACUUCUUCUGGCGAGGCUUUUCAUCAACUUUAGUCCGAGCUUUUCCAAUGAAUGCAGCAUGCUUCUUCGUUGUAUCUCUCAUAAUGGGCAUGACAAAAACAAAAGAUAUCGACGUCGUUGUACAAACUGGAGAACCACUAGCAAUGGUUGGUUUGGAAAAUAAACAGUUCCACUACAUUCAUCAGCAUGAGCAAAAUAAAGAACGUGAAGAAGCUGAACGCAACAGGAUUAUAAUUACCAGAAGCUUGCAUACUCUUGACACAUUCAAUGAAGCGCUAUGUAAUUCUGAGGUUGAAGAAAUGGCUAAAGAUCUUUGCCGAAAUCCUAGCUCCAGUGAUACUGACAACAAAUAUUAUAUUUUUGAAGAUAAGCGACUUAAAGAUUCAAUGCAAGCGAUGGAUGCAAUGCAAACAUUAGAAACAGUACAGAAACUAACAAAAAACCGCAGUCUAGAUGCACUGAAAAAAGAUUGCUGAUCACUUAUAUAUAUACUUAAUAUAAUUUGAUUUUGUCAUAACCAUUCCUCCAUUUUGUAAAUUGACUGCAGCCAUUGCUUGGAACCAUUUUUGUAAAAUAAUAGAAAAGUAAAUAUAUUAACGGCAUUUCAUUUGGAGCAAGCAAGCAAAGUUUUCUUCAUUUUCUGUAUCUAAUAUAUUUUUACGGAUCAACAAGUAAAUGCCAACUUUUUAUUUAUAUAUACUCAUUUGUUAGUAGUCAACAUUUUUUAAAUCUACUCAUUAUGUUCACAUUAGGCAAAAACUAAAAGUUAACAAGAAUAAUGGAAA